AUGGGAAAGAAUGUCAUCUUUACAUUGCUGGCAAUUCUUUACUUACUUAUCAACGUUGUUGCAUCUCUAAAUAACUCCACUGAUCAUUAUGCUCUUCUAUCCAUCAAAUCUCAAAUAACUUUCGAUCCAAAUAAAAUUUUGGGAAAAAAUUGGUCACAAGGAAUCUCAUUCUGUAGUUGGAUUGGCAUUACUUGUGGCAAGAGAUAUCAAGGAGUUAGGGGCUUGAAUCUAGCAAAUAUGGGUAGAGGAGACGAAAUUGGUAAUUUAAGCCAGCUUCAAGAACUAGAGAUGCAGGGCAAUGAGCUAAAUGGCCCUGUUCCAGCAAGUCUUGGAUUUCUUGGAAACCUACAAAAGUUAAAUCUCAGCGAGAACAGACUUUAUGGGGAAGUUCCUAAUAGCAUUUUCAACCUCUCUUCUUUGACAGAAAUUAGUUUAAGAGGAAGUAGUCUCUCUGGAAGUCUACCUAUGGAUAUUUGCUACAAUCUUCCAAAGCUAGAGAGCCUAAGGAUUUCAAAUAAUCAAAUGAGUGGCAACAUUCCUCCAAGCUUGGGCAGAUGCAUGAAUCUUAAACUACUUUCCCUAUCAUCCAAUAAUUUUUCUGGAACCAUUCCAAUGGAAAUCGGGAACCUGUCAAAGCUUCAAAUUCUCUAUCUCCAUCGAAAUAAUUUGAUAGAUACUUCUAGCCUCUCGCUAGACUUCCUGAUCUACCUCCUGCAGCCCAAUCUGCUGUCCACUACAACCUCCUGGUCCUUAGCUAAUUGUAUCACCGAGUGGAACAACCAUCCGUUCUUGUGCUUAUGUAAUAACAUCAAAGAUGAACCUUGUGUUUUAGAGUAUUUUGAUUAA